AUGGCUAAAAGACCAGGACCCCCUGGAAGCCGAGAAAUGGGACUGCUGACAUUCAGAGACAUAGCUAUAGAAUUCUCUCUGGAGGAAUGGCAAUGCCUGGAUUGUGCUCAGCGGAAUUUAUAUAGAGAUGUGAUGUUAGAGAACUACAGAAACCUGGUCUCCCUGGGUAUUGCUGUCUCUAAGCCAGACUUGAUCACCUGUCUGGAGCAAAAUAAAGAGUCCCAGAAUAUAAAGAGAAAUGAUAUGGUAGCCAAACACCCAGUUAUGUGUUCCCAUUCCACCCAAGACCUUCAGCCAGAGCAGGGCAUAAAAGAUUCACUCCAAAAAGUAAUACCAAGUACAUAUGGAAACUGUGGACAUCAGAAUUUACAAUUUAAAAAAUGCUGUAAAAUUGUGGGUGAAUGUGAGGUGCACAAAGGAGGUUAUAAUGAAGUUAACCAAUGUUUGUCAACUACCCAAAACAAAAUAUUUCAGACUCAUAAAUACAUCAAAGUCUUUGGUAAAUUUUCAAAUUCCAAUAGAUAUAAAACAAGACAUACUGGAAAGAAACGUUUCAAAUGUAAAAAAUGUGGCAAAUCAUUUUGCAUGCUUUCACACCUAAAUCAACAUCAGGUAAUUCAUACUAGGGAGAAGUCCUACAAAUGUGAAGAACAUGGCAAAUCCUUUAACUGCUCCUCAAACCAUACUACACAUAAAAUAAUUCAUUCUGGAGAGAAACCCUAUAGAUGUGAGGAAUGUGGCAUGGCCUUUAGCUGGUCCGCAAACCUUACUAGACAUAAGAGAACUCAUACUGGAGAGAAACCCUACACAUGUGAAGAAUGUGGCCAAGCCUUUAGUCGCUCCUCAACACUUACCAAACACAAGAGAAUUCAUACUGGAGAGAGACCCUACAAAUGUGAAGAAUGUGGCAAAGCCUUUAGCGUAUCCUCAACCCUCACUGACCACAAGAGAAUUCAUACUGGAGAGAAACCCUGCAGAUGUGAGGAAUGUGGCAAAGCCUUUAAAUGUGGCCAAUCCUUUAGGCGCUCCUCAACACUUACUAACCACAAGAUAAUUCAUAUUGGAGAGAGACCCUGCAGAUGUGAGGAAUGUGGCAAAGCCUUUAGCUCGUCCUCAAACCUUACUAGACAUAAGAGAACUCAUACUGGAGAGCAGCCCUACACAUGUGAAGAAUGUGGCAAAGCCUUUAACUGCUCCUCAACCCUUACACAACAUAAGAGAAUUCAUACUGGAGAGAAACCCUACAAAUGUGAAGAAUGUGGCAAAGUACACCCUCAGGCCUUGUAA